CGUGGGUUACAGACCGCUAUUCUGGGAUCCGGACAAGUGCGGCCUUAUAAAAAGCAGCGUGAAUGCAGCACAAAGAACAUAGAUUUCAAGGUGAAGGGAGCUGAAUGGACCGCGGACACAUUUGGAUGUAGAUUUGUGCCACACAAAGUCCACCGUAACUGGCAGGAUCGCUGCCUCUGGGUGGACCUGGACGCUUCUGAGGACUUGUGCUGCUGCAGACACAACUGGCAAAGUGCAACUGAGGAAUGCUGCAGACAGCCUUCCACAGCUUCCCAAAGCGGCAUCUUAUCUAGAGUUACGCAUCAGCCACACUCAGACCACAAUAUGAAGACGUCAGGCCUGCUCAUCGCUUGCUCUUUUCUGAUCUCUGGAUACAUGGGGAUGCCACAAUUCCCUGAACAAGAGAAAAAUCCCAAGUUCUGGAAUGACUGGGCUCAGCAGACCUUGAAGGAUUCAUUGGAACAGGAUUUCAGUAAUAAGAAAGCAAAGAAUCUUAUCCUCUUCCUCGGAGAUGGAAUGGGCGUCCCCACGGUGACGGCAGCUCGGAUACUGAAGGGUCAGUUGAGUGGACAAAGCGGCGAAGAGACGCAGCUGGAGAUGGACAAGUUCCCUUUUGUGUCUUUGGCCAAGACAUACAACACCAAUGCUCAGGUUCCAGACAGUGCGGGCACAGCCACAGCUUACCUCUGCGGGGUUAAGGCUAAUGAAGGCACUGUUGGUGUGAGUGCAGCAGCUGUUCGCUCCCAGUGUAACACCACAAAGGGCAACGAGGUCACAUCCAUCCUCAGAUGGGCGAAGGAUGCAGGAAAGUCAGUGGGAAUCGUGACAACAACACGCGUGAACCACGCGACGCCGAGUGCUGCCUACGCCCACUGCGUGGACAGAGACUGGUACUCUGACAACGACAUGCCAGAGGAAGCACUGCGGUCUGGCUGCAAAGAUAUUGCCAGGCAGCUGUUUGAAAAUAUUCCCUUGAUUAAUGUGAUUAUGGGUGGAGGAAGGAAAUUUAUGUACCCCAUGAACAUGUCGGAUGUAGAAUAUCCAGAUAUAACAAAGCAUAGCGGCACACGGAAGGACAAAAGAAACCUGGUGGAGGAAUGGAAAAACAUAAUGAAGGAUGAAAAGGCUCAUUAUGUAUGGAACAAGGAGCAGCUCAAAUCCCUUAAUCCAAAAAAUGUGGAUUACCUGCUGGGUCUUUUUGAACCUUCAGACAUGCCUUAUGACUUGGACAGGAACAACAAUACUGAUCCUUCACUGACAGAAAUGGUGGAGGUAGCCAUCAAGAUCCUACAGAAUAACCCCAAUGGAUUUUACCUCCUUGUAGAGGGAGGACGCAUUGACCACGGACACCAUGAGGGCAAGGCCAAGCAGGCCUUGUAUGAAGCUGUAGAAAUGGACAGAGCUAUCGGGCUUGCAGGUCGCUUGACCAGCAUUCAUGAUACCCUGAGUGUCGUUACUGCAGACCAUUCUCACGUUUUCAGCUUUGGAGGCUACACACAGAGAGGAAACACAAUAUUUGGUCUGGCCCCCAAGACAAGUGAUGUCGAUCACAAGUCUUAUACCUCCAUUUUGUAUGGAAAUGGACCUGGUUACAAACUUGUCAAAGGUGAAAGAGAGAAUGCUUCUGUUGCUAAAUAUGAUGAAAAGAACUACCAGGCCCAGGCAGCUGUGCCUCUGAGCAUGGAGACUCAUGGAGGAGAAGAUGUGGCUGUCUUUGCCAAGGGUCCCAUGGCUCACCUGCUGCAUGGGGUCCAAGAGCAGAACUACAUCCCCCAUGUGAUGGCGUAUGCGGCUUGUAUCGGCCAGAACAAGAAUCAUUGUAUGUUGAAGGACGGAGCAGUGGGCUUAACGCCAAUGUUCUCCAGCAUUGCAACCAUUCUGACAAUCACUCGGCUCCUGUGCUGACCCUCCUCAGACACUUUGUCCUGUUAAUAUCGUUCUUAAUCAGUUUCACAUUUAAGAUUUUAGCAUUUGUGUUUUUCAUUUUGCAAUGUCUCUAUGUAAUGUUCUUGUAAUGUGACGUUUUACAUAAUUAACCAGCAAAAUCACAAACUUUUGUCCAGUGAUUUAAAAAAAACCGCCUGCCCCCCAUUAUUUUGUAAUUUUUCAAAUAAUUUUUUUUUUUUUACUAACACAGUGUACAGCUACACUGGUACAGUGUCUUCAGUUCAGUGAAGAAAGCAUGUGGAUGAGAAAGAUUGCUGAACCACAUAGUCUUAGGAAGCAGUGAGAAGAAUUUGAGGGAUUUGUCAGCUCACUUUCAGGAAAAGAAAACAUGAAGUCAGAGGGAAAAAUACUAUUUUAUUUCUCACCUUCCUGCCACACAAGAAAAAAUACAUACAUUCUAUUGAAAAUCUUCAAGGGGAUGUAUUUUGCACAUUUUUGUACUUCCAUUUGAGUCUUUACUGUUUCCAAAAACAGCACAAGAAAACCAUUUUGUGGCAAUAAGUUAAUGUUUUUUGGUGUUUGUAAAAUGAGCAGUUUGAAAAAUCUCCAAAAUGUAACAUAACAAAUAAUCUGGCGCCGCUCCUUGCCUAACAUAAAAAAAGGCACGACUAAGCGAAUUGAAAUUUCAUAAUCUAAGAAUGAUUUUGUGGAAUAAAAUUACCAAACAUGUUUUGUACAGCCAUACUUGUCCUAUCCUGUUCAAGGAAGUAUAAUAUAUCACCUUCAAAAAGGCUUUUAUUUCUAUUAAUUCUAAAUAUUUUACACUUAGCAACUACUUAAAACUCAACAAGUUUAAUUCAAAAAUAUUCAGAACAAUAAAAAACAUUUUUUAUUACAGAAAUGUGGGUAUGCUAAAAAAUAUGUUUAUUAUCUGCUUAAAUGUGUUUUUUAAAGUUACUUUUAAUUUUAAAUAAGACUCAUGGGCUUCAUUUUCAAAUUUACUGAAGUUGACUGUAUGAACUGUUCUGUUCAACCAAUUAUGCAAAAUAUCCUGAAGCACUCUCUUUAAGGGGUAUAGAGCUAGUUCAGCCAUGUAUAAACAUGUCGGGUUUGCUUUCGAAACCUUCAAGGCUGAAUAUCGGAACUUGUUUUGUAUUGUAUGACAGAAUGAAUAGAAACUACCUCGCAUUCUUCCAAAUAAUUCCCAUAGGUUGUCAUCUUACUCACUGGAACAUUUUGUUUUCAGCAAACAACCUUUUCCUGUCUGAACAUGAAAGAAUUACUUCGUUAAACUGACUACACGGAUUAAUUUUUUUAAGUUGAACACUUCCCGUUCUCAUGAACACAAGAUCGCUCGCCUUCUUCAAUCAGAAUCUGCACCAUGUAACCAAUAAAUUUUGAUUUCUGAUAAAGUAUUUGGCUUUGAUCUCUUUAUAAGGCAAGACAACUUUAUUUAUAUAGCACCUUUCAGCCAAGGACAAGUAUGUAAAUGUUUCUUUUUCGACAUAUUUUUAGAACUUCAGCAAUAAAAUCAAUAUACCUGACACACCUCAGCUUAAAACAUUUUUUAACUUCAGAUAAAACGUGAAGUUUCUUCACAUGGUUGGUGACUCAUCACACUUGAUUAGCACAUGAAAUUUGUCAUUUCCCGCUAGCUUUCCUUGUCUUCCUCAUUCCUGUGUAUGAGGAGGAAUAUAAAAAGGCCUAAUUUGGCAGGAGCACAGAAAAUGAGGUUUCUAUACAAGAGGAUAUGAAAUUAUCAUGUUGUCACAGUACAUUUGUAAUGUCAAAAAUAGUAGUUUAUAAAAAAGACUGCCUGUGCUAUUGAUGUUCUGAAAGUUUAUCGUCUCUAGCAAAUGUUAUUAUUUUAGUUUCAUACAAAAAAUACAUAUACAGUGUUGAUAUGAUAGCAGUACAUGUUUUAUAUUUAAAUAUUUGUUGUAAUUGUAACUGAUUGGUAAGUACUUAUAUUCAGUUUUGUUAAACUGAAUGUUUGAAGUAUUCCAAAGGUACAGAUCCUGAUUUACUUCUGUUAGAAACAUUUGUUUGUUAAAAAGAACAACAAAGACAGAAGUCUUUCCUUGCAUGUCAACAAGGAGCAAAUUCAAUGAGUUAGUCAGGUCAGAGCAUUCUCUAACAAAGAAAUGAUCUUGCUUAUAUAUACUUCCUACGUACUUUGCACAGAUGUAAGGUGGUGUUUUUGCAACCCCACAAAAACACCUUGAAACGAUGAUUCAUUAUCUCGUAAACAGGAAUUUAAUUUUGAAACUUAUUCUUUCUACAUACUAUAAAAGCUGCUUUG